CAGUCCCGUGAGCUGGUGCAACCGGAGGCAUCUGGAUCGGAUCUGCUCGGAGAGAAGGAGCUUUGCGAUUUGGGGGCCCUUGGCGAGUGUUCGGUUCAGCACAGCAGGAUGCAGGAAAAUGUACCUACAGAGGUCAGUGCAGUUCCUCCUCCAAGUCAUGUAACAGUAAGAAAUCCUGCCGCUAAUCCCCGACGAAUGCGACGGCUUAUUGCUGAAGAUCCUGAAUGGAAUCUAGCCAUAGUUCCACAGCUCACAGAGCUCUGCAUCCAGCACAUAAUCAACAAUUUUGAAAAGAAUCCUAUCUUGGAAAGGCUACUUCAUGAUCACCAAAAGAAAGUGCUAGAAAAGAUUUCCACAAGCCUACCCCUUACUGUGACUGCAAAUUUGAUCAGUGAUGAAGGCUACUGGAAACGGUGCUGUACUGGAAGAUGGACGGUUUGUGAUGUAUCUGCCUAUGGAAACAGUUGGAAGCGGAUGUUUUUUGAACGUCAUUUGGAAAACAUUUUGAAGUUUUACAUUCCAGAUACUACGAGUCCCAACGAAGUUCUGGAUCUCAUUCCACUCUGCAAGGAAUACGUGAAAAAACUAGAGAUUGACCAGUUCCUUCCACCAGUGAAGCUGGAUCAAAAGAAGGAAGACGAAGAUGUCUCUGAUACUGAAAGUGAUGCUGGACUAGAUGAACCUUCUAUGGACCAUUUUGAUUUGAGCCUGCUUGUUCCUACACUCCCUCAUCUUGAGGAGCUUCAUCUGUCAUAUGGUGUUAAAGACUGCGGCAUGAAUUUUGAAUGGAAUCUUUUUGAAUUCACUUAUCGAGAUUGUUGCUCACUGGCCAGUGCUAUUAAGAAAUGCCCAACUCUAAAAGUGUUCAAGCUGACCCGGAGCAAAGUGGAUGAUGACAAAUCCAGGAUACUGAUCCAACACCUAUUAGACCACCCUUCACUGGUAGAAUUAAACUUAUCCCACAAUUUGAUUGCAGACAGAGGAGCACGAGCUAUUGGCAAGCUAAUUAACCGCAGUAAGAUGGUAACCCUUAACAUCUGUGAUAACAGGAUUCGGGCACAAGGAGCCCAAGCUAUAGCUCAUGCACUGUCCAAGAAUUCUAUUUUGAUGUCACUCAAUUUCCGCCUCAACUGCAUUGAGGAUGAAGGAGGCCAAGCCAUUUGCCAUGCUCUGCUGCUUAACAGCACACUGACCACUCUUCACUUGGGUGGCAAUGAAUUGUCAGAACCAACAGCCACCCUUUUCUCUCAAGUCUUGGCUCAGAACACUACUUUGUCUCAUAUCAACCUCUCCUGCAACCACAUUGGACUAGAUGGAGGGAAGCAAUUGUUGGAAGGCAUGUCUGAUAACAAGACAGUAGUGGAAUUUGACCUCAGACUGGCAGAGGUGGGACAAGAGAGUGAAUAUCUUAUUAAUCAGACUAUAAAGGCCAAUCAGGAAUUAGCUCGUCUCAGAAACCUGCACCAUUCCACCACAUAACAUGGACCACAAACUACUGAGGAAAAACAGCCUGCGUAGUAUAGUUUUAACGUUGCCUCUUCACUUAACAUUUGUUUAAGCAUCUGUUUUUAGGUAAUCGUUGUAGUCAAAGCUAUUUGUUCUCAGCUUAUGAUUGAAUGGAUGUAACUCCAUAUUCUUCUACUAGUUUGGUGAAAUUUUUGCACCUCUCUUGGAUUCAUGCUCUUGGAUAAUUAAAUCUGUAACUAUGCCAAGCAUGUAACUGAAAUAACCAUAUGCUGCAUCCCUGUUUAGAUUUGCUUCUUUGUUUUUUUAUUCCUCUGUUAUUUUUCUUUGGUCAAUUUUAAAUGGUAAAUUAUUCAUAAUGUAUAAAGCACAGAGGGAAUAUUAUUUCUAAUUUAACCAUUCAUUUUAAAUAGUUUAGCUUGCCUUUCUGGAAACCGAACUUUAUACACUAAAUAUGUAACAACUAUUAUUGUUAAACAAUAAGAAAGAAUUCCAGGUCUAAUACUUCUUAUCAAUUAUUGGAUUUUAUUUAAAAAACAGAUUUGAUAGAACUUAACUGUUUUCCUGUUCUUCAUUUACUUCCUAUCUCGCUUUUACUCCAUUAUUUCUCUUCUAUCCUUUUUAUUCAAAAUAUUUUCUACUAAAUUAGAACAUGAUAAAGUAAGCAGUAAGGUAGAUUUUAAAAAAUAAGUUAAAAGAUUCAGCUUUUCCUAGGCUUUAUUUUAAACCACAUCACCUUCUAAGGAAUUGAUAGCACAAGGCUCAGUCCAGGUGCUAUUCUACUAUUUUCAGUCUCCUUUCAGUCUUAAUAAAUAUCAGCAUUAAUGCAAGGAAAGUUUCAAUUUGAGCCACAAUGAACGAUGCUUAAUGUGAGAAUUAGAAAUUGCAAGAUCAGAAGCUAAGGGCCUAAAUCUAAAUUGGUCUGUUAUAAAUACAGUACAUGGCCCUCAGCCAACUAUUCUGACACAUAAGUAGGAAGAAGCGGCAUAAGAUUUGAAUCUUGACUGUACUAGAUGUGACAUUAUUGGUGUGAGUCAUGGAGUUGGUUUACUUGAUAGUAAUAUUUAUUAGUAUCUAUAA